AGGAAGAAUUAUAAAAAUAUAUUUAAAUUUAUGCAUAAUUUCUUUUUACUGCUAAAACUGUUGCUGACUCAAAAUAAUGAUCCUGCUGUCAUUCACUGUCAUUCCACAGAAAGAAAUUCUUCAGAGAAAUUCUAUCUGAUUAAACAAAAUAAGACCUGGUUUGAGGCUCAGAGUUACUGCAGAGAGCAUCACACAGACCUGCUCAGUGGACUGGAUCAGCUCCAGGGUGAACGACUGAAGAAUGUUUUGAGCUCUACAGGUGAAAAAUAUGUGUAUAUGGGACUUAUGAGAGACACCUGGAGGUGGUCAGAUGGAAGCAGUUUCUCUUUCAGACACUGGAAUAUAGAGUUUAAUGAUGAGCGAUACAACAGUGGUCAAUGUGCCACGACUGUGUUUGAUGAUGAAGGCAGAUGGAAGAAUGAGAACUGUGCUGACAGAAAACCCUUCAUCUGUUAUGGUGAAAAACUGAUCCUGAUCAAAGAAAAUAAAACCUGGGAGGAAGCCUUGUACUACUGCAGAGAUCACCACCAUGACCUGGUCACCAUCACCAACCUGGAUGAGCAGAGAUGGGUCCAGGAGAAAGCCAAGAAGGCCUCCACUGAUUAUGUCUGGACGGGACUGCGCUACACCUGUACUCUGGAUUUCUGGUUCUGGGUCAGUGAUGAAGUGGUCAGCUAUCAGAACUGGGCUCCAGAUGAACUGAUGGAUGACUGUGACAUGUCUGGAGCCAUGGAGACAGGAGGAGAACAUAAGUGGUUCAAAAUCAAUGAUCAGAUGGAGUUAAAUUUUGUCUGCUCUACGUCCUAA